UCUGUUGUCAAGAUGGAUAUUUGGUUGAAAGAUAAAUCCUUUCGCACAAAGGAACCAAGCAGUAAAUGUGACUUCUGUUACCAGUCUGGAGUGCCUGUUAAACCUCUGUCAUGUAACAAACAUUUUUAUUGUGGUGUUUGUGAAAAGUUUGCUCCAAAGUUUUGUAAGAGAGCUGAUUACACGUGUAGCCGUUGUUCCGCUCAAACCCACAUCCGUCCUCAAAGAAUAAAUUUAGAUUUCAGCCCUGCCAAUGUCAACUCGCAGCGUGCGGCGAAGAAGAAACCUGCAUUUAAAGAAGUGACAAUUGCAAUAGAAGGGGGGACUAUACUCAGUUUUGGUGAUCCCGAUCCAGAUUCGGGUGACGAUUUGGAGGGAAACAAUGUGGAAUGGGAUCAUUUGUUGCAGUCCAUGACUUCUCCACAACCAAGUCUGGAAACGGGAAGGUGGAGUAGGGAACAAAUUCAUAGAAAUUCCACACACAUUCUGCCAUGCGUGGGCGGUUCUGGGAGUCAAGAAUCAACCGUGAUUGGUGGGUUUAGGGAAUCACGUGAUGAAGUAAAUGAUCCGGGCACCUGUCCGAGAUCUUCAGAACACAGUAGACGGGGUAACACUGUAAAAACAGAAUCCACGAAAGAGAAGGUUAAAGAGGAACAAGAAAGGGGUUCAUCGCCCGUCAAAGGAUUAAGGACGAAGUUUUCCUGCUUUGAGAUGCUCCCUGGAGAAACUUCUGAUGAUGAGAGUGACUUCAAUCCCAUUGGCGAUGUGGAGGGACCGGAAAUGAGUGAUGGCGAGGCUUACCAUGGUGACUCAGAAGAAGACUUCUGGGUUUUCUAGGAUCCAAAAGAACUCCUUUAUUUAAAAAAAUAUGUUAGGAUUUCUACUGUUGUAAAUAAUAUAGAAAUGAUUAUAUUGUUUAAAUAUCAGAAGAUAGAAAUAUAGAGGAAUUACAUUUUUGUAAAGUAACAUAUAUAAAUUAUUAUCAACA